AUGAAGGCCAGACAAGCGCUCGCUGCUACGGUAGCCUUGACAUCCACUGUCAACGCUGCCUAUGUGCCACACCAGGCUGGCCCAGAUGCGACUGAAGCUGUAGAUUUCCAGAUGCUCAACUCCAAGGUCGAUCCCACCGCUCUCAACACAGCUACUGGCCACGAGAGCCUCGAGAAGAGGAAGGCGGGGCGAAUCUUCUUCUGGGCCGAGGGCGUUCUGAACGGGUCUGGACAACGUUGCGACAAGUGGACGGUGCCAAAAACCGAUAUUAUCAAGAAGACCGCCGCCCCCGCGUGCGCUGAAUGGCGCUCUGAUGCAGUGCACGAGCAGAACUACUACAUUGUGAGAAGCUACUACGACAGCAGGAAGAAAUGCGAUAAGGGAUGGGAAGUCAAGGAAGUAGGCGAGUACGUUGCCGCCUUGUGUAAGGACAACGACAACGAGUACACCCAGUACCUUUAUCAAGAGGCCCGUGAUGCGUUCAGUUCGGUGCGACGACGCGACGUUGAGGAUAUGCCUCACGUCCAAGCCGAGCUCGAUCCCCUCGAAGACAAGCUCGUCCAACGCGAUGUCGAGACUAUGUCUCACGAGCCUCUUCCCCCGAUAACUACGGCACCUGAUGAUUUCUGGCCGAUGGGUACCUACAACCAAUUGUGCCUCCGCGACCACGAGCAAGUCUGGCCAGGCGCGCGGCACGACUUCUGCGACAAAUGUCCCGGCGCUGCAGAUGGCACUCUCACUUCUGAGCAGGUCGUCCAGUGCAGUCUCUACCUAGACCAGAUUCGUGACGAUAAGGCCUGGCCCUCGGUCGGAUCUAUCGGACCUGUCUUCACGUCCACCGGGUUUCCCGCCAACGACGAGGCAAAGGGAUCCGGAGUGAUUGAUGACGGACUCUGCUACUCCUCCCCCGAAAUGGAAAUGUCCAAAGUUCGCGAGCAGUACUGCAAUGAGUGCGGCGAUGGUGGUCUCCGAUGCGACAGACUUGCCCAGCAGGUCAAGGCUGAGGAUGACUACGGCAUCAGUCUCCCACCUUUUGAUGGAAUGCCCCGACUGAACUCGGUGAUCAGGGGAAAUAAGGACAAGUGUGAGAAGCUGUGCGAGAGGACUGUCGAUUACCCGGUCACGGCUUGGGAUGGAUGGUGCAACACGCGAUGCAACGGGCUGCAGUACGUCGAUGUCGGAGCAUCUUGGCGCAACUAG